GUUUUUUCAGAUCCCUUUCCUUUCUUGGUGAUUGCAGGUGCUUCCGGGAUAGUUUAAUAUCCAGUCAAGAAGACUGCAAUGGCUUUAGGAGAAGCCCUGUUUGAUGAAGAGCUCGGCAAACCUAUAGGGCAGAUUGUUGCCGUAUGCGGCCGCAACCAGAUACUGAGUUCCACAUUGCAGUCAAUUAAGUGGAGGGUCCCUGUGAAGAUUAGAGGAUUUGAGACCCAGAUGGAGAAAUGGAUGGGUGCUUGUGAUUGUAUCAUAACAAAGGCAGGGCCUGGUACAAUUGCUGAGGCAUUGAUCAGGGGACUUCCUAUCAUCCUCAAUGACUUCAUACCUGGACAGGAGGUUGGCAAUAUCCCAUAUGUAGCAGACAAUGGAGCUGGAGCUGGACUCUUGGCGCUUCCGUGA